AUGGCCGAUUCCGACUACGCUUUCCGAUUGCAGAUGGAGGAGGCUCUCGCGGCUUCCCUCUCUUCCCGAUCUCGUGCUCCACCAUUGAGUUUUGCUCUAAUGAUGAUCAAAGUUCAGAGCUUUGAGACUCAUUCACCUCAUUCUCCUGACAACCGGGCUCUAGCAAGAGAAUGCAAAGAUGUGAAAUUGAUAGAGUAUACGUUGGUUCUUGUACUGGUGGGAAGACUGAGGAUUUUAUGGCUGCAGCUAAACUUUUGCAUGCGGCAGUUCUAUGUUCUUGAGGAGUUUGAUGAAGGAAAGAGAAGUUUCCGUAGACGUUUGGCUGGGCAUAAUGAACCUGAGAUUUCUUCCUGA